AUAACACAACAGUCAUUCGGUUUUAACUGAACUUUUCUCCUACCAUCUACAACCAACUAAAAAGCAGAUAAUUAAAUCAUCUGUACAGGUAAUUUUUGAGUAUAUAGUUCUACUUGGAGGUUAAUGUAUAUUUAAUUAAACAGAUAGGCGAUGACUACUGUCAGUGAACCAUCAAUAGCAGGAGAGAAAAUGUCGAAGCUUAUGUCUCAACCUCAAAAUAUAACGCAAUAUGAGCCAAAACGCUCUAAAGUUCCCAAAGUAGACCCCAUUCGAACUUUAGAGCCUGCAAGAAAAAAAGUAUCUACUGUGGAGGCCCAAAGAGUUCUUCACACUUUACUCGAUUCGAUCAAGAAAUUAGAAAUUGCAGUAAACAUAGAAUAUAUAAUUGACAACAUGGAAAGAUUUAACGUUGCUUUUGGGCAAACUUUAGUAAAGAAAUUUUUAAAUCAUCAACAACUAUUGGAAAAAUUCGACACGCAAGUUUUCGAGAUGGAAAAACUCUUUAUAGAACAAAGACAAAAAAGGAUUAGAGAGCUGAAAAGACGGGUUCGUAGAGGUUCUGAUAUAAGUGGUGAAGAAGAUGCUUAUUUAUUGGAACAAAAUUUUGAUGAAGAAGAAGAGGAUCAUGAAGAACAAGAAGAUGAAAGAGAAUACGACGAUGAAGGGGAGCGAGAAGAACCCGAACAGUCUCAACAAGAAGAGGCAGCUGAUCCGAGUCUUGAAAAAGAUCCUGAAACAAAAUCAGCUAAAGCCACAGAUGAUGGCCAAUCCGAACAAGUAUUAACACCAAGACCACCCUCCACCAGCCGCCCAAGUAGCACGAAAUCAUCUGUUAGGAGGGGAACAACACCAACUUCUCAAAAGUCCGUAAGCUCUACUGACUCGAGGAUAGUCCAGAAUAUUAAUGAACUACAACAGAAUCUUAUAAGAAUUAACUCUUUAAUUUCCGAUUCUACAAGGAAUAUCCAAAGGUGUUUUGCAGUUGAUCCAGGCGCAUAUGAUGCCUUUCAUAAAGAUAUCGAUAACGAUGAAAUUGAUUAUGACGCUGAAGUUAAACAAUUUCUUGAAUUUGUUUAUGAAUUAAGGAAUAUCAUCACUCGCAAGUUAUUGACUUCACCAGUAGAAGAACUUGAAAACAAUAAAUGUCUAAAAGAGAUAGAAGCACGAGCACGUAAUCAUAUGGAUACAAUAGCUAAAUUAGAAGGUGUACUUAAAGAAUUAGAGGAGGAGAAGAACAACGAAAUUAAAGAUAAGAAUAACAUCAUUAGAAAUCUUCAAAAUCAACUACACACUAUCGAAAGAGUUUCUGAAGAAAGUAUUAAACAAGUUAAAUCCGAUGCUGACAAACAAGAGCUGGCAGAUAAGAAAAACUCUGAAGGACGACAAGGUAAACUUGCUCAAGAAGUUGCCGCCCUUAAACAACAAUACCAGAACGAAUUGCAAGAGCACAGAAGCAUCGAAGCGGAUUUGAGAAACAAGAAGUAUAAAAACGAAACCGAAGUUGAAAAUUGGAUUAACAGAUAUGAUGAAAAUAUGGGAUCAAGACAGGAGAAAUACGAAGAGAUCGAUGAACAAUAUACGAAAGAGAAGAAACAAUUAAAUGAAUUAGAAGAACGCUUUAAAACACUGGAAGAAGAAUAUAAAGCAAUCAUGGCCGAAAGGGAAGCGGAAAGGGAAAGACGAGAAAAGGAGGCGAGAGAAUUACAACUAUGUAUGCAAGCUGCAACAACAAUACAAGCUUUCUGGAGAUCAUUUAAGGUUAGGAAAGCAAUCAGAACUAAGAAGAAGGGCAAGAGAGGCAAGAAUUUAUCAAAUUACGGCCAUGAGAUUGGAGUUAGUAUUGCAGAAAGAUAUAAAGACCUAGAUAAAGAGAAGCAAAGAAAUUCAUUUUUAAAUGGAACUGUUAAAGAUUUUGAAACAAAAAUUCAACAGGCCGUCAAUUACUUGACUAAUUCAACGAAAAUACAAAGAGAAAAUAUUAAAGGAUCAUUUGGUUUUGAUUGGCCACAAUCAAUUGACAUUCCACUUACCUAUUUACAAGCUAUAUAUAAUGAAUUAGGAGAUAAUUCCUACGAUACAACUUUUAAGGACAAGGAUUCUCAAAAUGGUUUAGCCAAAUGGCCGUCUUUUAAUAAUUUAUUAAACUUAACAGAAAUCUAUACACCGAGUUAUGCUUCAAAGAAGAAAGGGACAAAACAAUAUGUUCCAUGCUUCGAAUUGGGCGCUUCUCAUUGUCACCCCGUUGAAACUGCUGAUGAAAUUCGUAAUAUCCUAUGGAAGGAUUUCGUCGCAAGGGACAAAGAAUUUUCUAACAGGGCACCCUUUAUUUUAAAUGUACCCUUAUAUUCCAUAGUUGAUUAUAGCCACGCUAUGAUCGCUAUCGAUCAAUUUUUAGAUCUGACUCUAAAUUUAGGCGACGAUGUAUGGGUGGUAACAGCCAGUCAAAUGAUUGACUGGAUAAAAUCAAAUGAAACUGUACUGAAUAAUUUGAGAGAGUUUGAAGGAUUCGGUUGUAAAGAUUUUGGAAAAUUUAAUAAAUUGAAUUGUUCGGCUGUGGCAGACCGAUGCUCAGAUUUCACUGGCCUCUUGAAAUGUAAGGACAAAAACGACACAUCCGAAAUAGAAUAUCCUAACCCAGACUUUGCUAAAAUAGAUGGAAAUAUUCUCCUUCUAGUCCAGACUAUUGUCCUUAUUUUAGCCUUUGCAAUAUUUGUGAUGAGGGAAAAAGUUUCUUAG